AUGGACAUGGGAUUUGAUCUUGAGUCACUCCCCAAACGCAACAGCCCUACUGCAGUGAUCCCGGAUGCAAAUCGCCCUAAAAGGUGCAUUGUCCAUUGCUCAAUUAUACCAUCAUCAUCAUCAUCAUCAUCAUCAAAACCAAGAACUUCUUCUUCUUCUUCUUCUUCUUAUAACCAUAAGAAACAAACCAGUUUGAUUAGCCCACCUGGUUCUUCUCGCUAUCUUUUGGAUGAUAAAGCCUUCUUUAAUGUCUUCCCUGAUUCUAAUCCUCCUCCUCCUUUGAGAGCUUCUCUUCUUAGACCUUCUUCUUCUUCUAGACAACAAGAUCAGGAGGUGGUAUUGAGGGUGUCUUUGCAUUGCAAAGGAUGUGAAGGAAAAGUUAGAAGACAUAUAUCCAAGAUGGAAGGGGUGAGAUCAUUUAGUAUAGAUUUGGCGGAGAAAAAAGUGACGGUGAUCGGAGAUGUAACGCCGUUGGGAGUACUGAAUAGUGUUUCUAAGGUUAAGAAUGCACAGUUCUGGCCUUCAGGAACUACAUCACCAGCAAGAGCAUCAGCUUCAUUUUAAGUUAUAUAUAUAUAUAUAUAUAUAUAUUGUGAUCAUGUCUUUUGUAUGAUGUUAUUUUGAGUGUUUUAUUUUAUGUAUAAUAAAAAAAAAAAAGAAAAAAAAAAUGGAGAUGUGGAUCUUUGUUGGGUUAAUGAAUGUUUUUUUAUC